CGCGUAUGUCGAACGUCCUUAGACCAUAUCUGGCCGCUGUGCGGUCAACGUUGACUGCGGCGCUCACUGUACAGGACUUCCCUUCGCAGGUUGUAGAGAGACAUAAUUUCCCCGAGGUGGAAGUCAGGGCAUCGAAGGAAGUGUUACUAAACCCUCUGACGAUCUCGCGAAAUGAGAAUGAACGCGUCUACGUUGAACCUUCCAUCAACUCUAUUCGAGUUAGCAUAAAGAUAAAACAGGCCGACGAAAUCGAGAGAAUUCUGUGUCACAAAUUUACACGCUUUACGAUGCAACGGGCAGAGAGCUUCAUAGUACUGCGGAGAAAACCCGUGCCCGGAUAUGACAUUUCGUUCUUAAUCACCAACAACCAUUCGGAGACGAUGCUAAAGCAUAAAAUUGUCGACUUUAUCAUCCAAUUCAUGGAGGAGGUGGACAAGGAAAUCAGUGAAAUGAAGCUCAGUCUCAAUGCACGUGCGCGAAUUGUUGCCGAGUCGUACCUCUCUGCCUUCGAGUCAUAACUGUUACAAGUUCUUUCUCUGCCAAUCAGAGCCAACAGUCUGUGUAGAUCAUCAUACUGUAGCAUUGAAAUAAAAUCAGUCGACUCUGCUUCCCACCAGUUAGGUCAGAUCUUCUGGGAGAAUAUAUAUCAUUUGACAUUGUU